CCAUUUCCGACCAUGGACUUAAAUUUCUAUCCUUCUCGAUGGCUGUUUGAUCGAAUUUAGCCGGACAACAUCGAGAGCGACUGUUGAUCUGUCGCGCGACUGAAGACGCCAACCUGGUCAUCCAUACAUACCCGGUCCUUGAAAUUUAGGUUGUUUCGCAAAGUCAUCCCAGCAUCUUCGCCAUGUCUUCCAAUAUCCCAACUUGCCGAUGGGGCAUAAUCUCGACUGGUAUGAUCUCAUCCUGGUUCGUGGCUGAUCUCAUCCUCGACCGUCCUGAUGCGAAAGUCAAACAUAUCAUCCAGAGCAUCGGCGCCUCGUCGGUGCAAAAGGCUCAGGCAUUUGCAUUCCGUCACUGUCCCAAGUCCAGUCCAACUAUCAACGGAUCGUAUGAAGAGGUCUAUGCAGACCCCAACGUGGACUGUGUCUACAUCGGAACUCCGAUUUCGUUCCAUAAGAAGAACUGUCUUGAUGCGAUUGCUGCCGGCAAGAAUGUGUUGUGCGAAAAGGCCUUCACAAUAAACGCCCAAGAAGCCAAAGAAGUGUUCGAGGCUGCGCAGAAGAAAAGCGUCUACGUUCACGAAGCUAUGUGGCUGCGCCAUCGACCGAUGAUAGCGAAAUUGAGGCACCUACUUUACGAGGACAAGGUCAUUGGGGAUGUUUUUCGCAUGUCCUGCGAUUUCUUCGACCGAAUCGAUAUACCAAAUUUGCCGGAGACAUCCAGGUACAAACAUCCCAAGCUCGGUGCCGGCACUUUGUUGGACAUCGGCAUUUACCCACUCACCUGGGCUUUUCUCACCCUCGACCCCAACCCGCCAGACAAUGCAGAACGACCCAACGUUCUCGCAGCUCAAGUGCAUCAACAUGGAGUGGAGGUGACUUCCAGUAUUCUGGUCCAGUAUCCUUCGUCGGGCAGGCAAGGAGUCAUAACUUCCACGCACAUGUCCAACAAACCAUCUAACCCAAUCUGUCGAGUCUAUGGUACAAAAGGCUACGUGGAUGUGACUGGAGAGAAACCUUCGCACCCACAUUUCUUUACUGUCUAUAAAAGCAAGGAAGACCACCAGACUUUUGAUCAAGGCCAAAAGUACGAGUUUCUACAUGUCGGCCAGGGUUUCAUUUUUGAGGCAGACAACACGGCUCUUGACAUUGCCGCUGGAAGGAAAGAAAGCGCCAUAAUGCCAUGGAAGGAGACGAUGCGUGUGAUGGAGCUAAUGGAUGAAAUCAGAAAGCAAGGUGGAACGGAGUAUCCCCAGGAUCACGAAUAGAUGGUACAAGACCGUGCAUAUACCUUCAGCCUCGUCACAUGACCCAGCCUUGUCGACGUCACAUUUCUUGACGACGCGUGACUCGCGCUCGGAUUCAAACUCACCCUUGACAACGCUUCUAAAAGUCCCUUGUGACCACUCGAUAUCCUUCGCCGUUACAAAAUAAGAACCAGACAUGACAUCCUUCUUAUA